CUUGUCAAACCCAGGCCCAUAUUAAUCCAAACAUAACAAAUCUGAAACCCUAUAUUUCAUCACACAGCAAUUCAGAACUAACCCUUCUUCUUCAUCUUCUUCUUCUCUGACGGCUACAACCUCAUCGAUUCAAAACCCUAAUGGCACCAAAGAAGGAGAAGGCUCCACCACCGUCGUCAAAGCCGGCGAAAUCAGGAGGAGGAAAACAAAAGAAGAAGAAGUGGAGCAAGGGAAAGCAAAAGGAAAAGGUUAACAACAUGGUGUUGUUUGAUCAAGGUACCUAUGAUAAGCUUCUCACUGAAGCUCCUAAGUACAAACUCAUCACUCCUUCAGUUCUCUCCGAUCGUCUCAGGAUUAAUGGAUCUUUGGCACGUCGUGCAAUCAAGGACCUAAUGGCAAGAGGUUUGAUUAGAUUGGUAUCUGCUCAUGCUAGUCAACAGAUUUACACUAGAGCUACCAAUACAUAAGCGUCUUCAAGGUGUUUAUUAUUUAGAUUCUGUUUAGUGGACAUCGAUUUGAGAAUGUUUUUGAUUUACUUGUUUUGUUUUUCGGGCAUUUUGUUUUUAUGAUGACUAUUGUUGAAAUUUUGUUCUCAAUUAAUGACAAGUUAAAUUCCUGCAUGGAUUUGAUAUA